CGCCACCACAAAACACAGAGCACCAAGGCAUCUUCCUUAAACACAGAACCGGCAGAACUCCGACCGAAGAAAGGAGAUCAAGCACACCCCUGUCCCUCUCUCUCUCUCUCGAUCGCUUCAUAGCAAUUUGGCACUCGGUCGACAGGCUUGGUCGGACUAGCUGAGAAAGGAGCAGAGACAUGGCGAUUAAAGCACCGCCCAUCACCGGGCUGAGCAUGGCCUCCCUGCGUCCUGCUGCUUCGUCUUCCAAUAGCAAGCCGUGCGCGCUCAGUGUCCCCCGGCUCAAGUCCUCUUUCCUCGUCAAUCAUGGAGCGCUCAGGACAACUGGGGUGAGAGUCGCCUUUUCCAACAGGUUGAGAUGUAAUGGCCAUGGCGGAGGCUCCCUUGGCGCCAGCAUGAACAUUUUCGAUCGAUUCGCUAGAGUCAUAAGGUCAUAUGCGAAUGCGAUCAUCAGUUCGUUUGAGGACCCCGAGAAGAUCUUGGAACAAGCUGUACUUGAGAUGAAUGAUGACUUGACAAAAAUGCGUCAGGCCACAGCUCAGGUCUUGGCAUCUCAAAAGCAAUUAGAAAACAAAUAUAAAGCGGCACAGCAAGCUUCUGAUGAAUGGUACAGAAGAGCACAGCUGGCUCUUUCAAAAGGCGAUGAGGACCUUGCACGAGAAGCACUUAAGCGCAGAAAGGCUUAUGCUGAUAAUGCAGGUGCGCUGAGAGCUCAGCUUGAUCAGCAGAAGACUGUUGUGGAUAAUCUUGUCUCAAAUACACGGCUUCUGGAAAGCAAGAUCCAGGAGGCAAGGUCAAAGAAAGACACCCUUAGAGCACGCGCACAGUCAGCGAAGACUGCAACCAGAGUCAGUGAGAUGCUGGGGAAUGUGAACACAAGCAGUGCUCUUGCGGCUUUUGAAAAGAUGGAGGAAAAAGUGUUGGCAAUGGAGUCUCAAGCAGAUGCACUUAAUCAAUUAACAACUGAUGAUCUUGAAGGAAAGUUCGCAUUGUUAGAGAGUUCUUCUGUUGAUGAUGAUCUUGCAAAGUUGAAGAAAGAGCUUUCCGGGGUGUCGAAGAAAGGAGACCUUCCGCCUGGAAGAACCACAGUAGCAGCGAACUCUCCAUUUCCCUUUCAAGACUCCGAAAUCGAAAGGGAGUUGAAUGAAUUGAGGAGGAAAGCUAAAGAGUACUAGACACACACAGACACUUCUUUGUUCUUGCUUCAAGUACUUACCUGCCUCAAUAGGUUAGCUCACUUUCUUCCUUGAUGACGGAAUAUCUUCGUGCAAUCGGAGCUCAAAUUCGGGAAUCUAGAGUUCAUAUGAAGUUCUUUUCCUACACGCGAUGCUCGAGCGAUCAGUGACAUAUUUAACAUGAGAAAAUGUGCAUUUUGUUGCUCUCCUCUACUGUUGGUUUCCGCGGUAUGCUCGAAUUCGUCCCUAAUGUACUAUGGAGACGAAAUUGAGGCUUGUGUAGCAGCUGCUUGAAUGUGGAAGUACACACAACUGGCAAAUGAAUUUGCACUAGCUUGUGUUUAUAUAGUGAUUUUGCUCGAGGUAAGGUUUA